AUGACCGCAUGGAUCAUCUCAUCCAAUAUCACAAUUCUUUUCAACAAAUGGCUUCUUGAUACGGCUGGGUUCAAAUACCCUAUAUUACUUGUAACAUGGCAUCUCGUUUUUGCCACCGUCAUCACCCAAAUAUUGGCCCGCACAACGACUUACCUCGAUAGCCGCCAUGAACUACCAAACAGCUGGGACUUUUACCUCACCACGGUUCUACCCAUCGGAAUCGUGUCAUCGGGGUCGCUGGUAGCCUCCAACUUCGUUUACUUGUAUUUGUCUGUGGCGGUCAUUCAAAUGCUAAAGGCGGCAUCGCCUGUUUCAGUCAUGCUUGUCUCAUGGUUAUUCGGCGUCAUGGAUCCAACCAUCGGAAAGAUUGCCAACAUUAUUGUCAUUGCUAUGGGCGUUGCAGUCGCGAGCGCGGGCAUGAUCGAGUUCUCGGUGAUUGGUUUUAUCUUCCAGAUGGGUGGACUUGCAUUUGAGGCUGUCAGAGUCGUUAUGACACAGGUCAUGCUUAACGGAGAGGGGUUGAAGAUGGAUGCCAUGGUCGGCCUUUACUACUACGCCCCUGUCGUCGCCGUCUUGAACCUUCUUGUGGCGUUCAUAAUCGAAGUGCCGCACUUUGAUGUGGCCGACUUCCAUCGAGUUGGGUUUCCCACGUUGUUUUUGAAUGCAGCUGUUGCGUUUACGCUUAACUUUACCAGCAUGGUUCUUAUUGGAAAAACAUCGGGGCUCGUCAUGUCCCUGUCGGGUAUAUUCAAAAACAUAUUACUUGUCAUUUGCUCUGUUCUUAUCUGGCAUGUGACGAUCACACCUAUACAGCUUCUCGGCUACAGCAUUACCCUUUGUGCUCUUGUCUACUAUGCAUUUGGCCAGGAGAGAAUAUACGAGGCCUACUUGGCUCUGAUACACUGGUCUUCGGAUGUGGCAAGGGAAGUGGCGUCCAAGAAUGGCGGGCCAAUAUGGUCCCGAAAAGGCGUUUUUGCAUUAUUGGGCCUUGUGAUGAUUUUUAUGACUGGCAUCAUGUUUAUUGCUCUCAAUAGAAUUCAGUCACCUUGA